AAUGCUGCCAGAAUUGCGCUUAAUUUUUGCUAUCGCUCUCGUCAUAUCAUGGACAUGUGGGACUAUCCUAAACUCAUCCAUUUUAGCUGUGUAUCUCAGUGCCUGGAAGAAAGGAUUGGAUCUUGGUGCAUGCAAUCAAAUCAUCCUCACCAUGGCUUGCACCAAUCUACUCUUGCAGAAUAUUUUAACAUUUCAUCUGAUCUUCCUGAUUUAUCGGCUUUACAUUCUGUUUGCCAAAGAAAUAUUUUUAGCUGCUGCCUCCUUUAUAUUUAAUUUUUCAAUUUCUCUCUCAUUUUGGCUCACUGCCUGGCUCACCAGCUACUAUUGUGUGCGACUGGUCGACUUCUCCAAUAGAUUCUUUUUUCGAUUAAAGACAGGAAUUUCCAGCGUGGUUACAUACUGGCUUCUGGGAACAGUGGUGACUCUGUUCAUUAUUCAAGUGCCAUUGAUUUGGAAACUAGAAAUAAGAACCUACCAAAAUCGAACUACUAUUUAUAAUAACGUGAACAAAAAUUUUGAACUUAUGUUGUGUAAUGCCAUAUUCGCUUGCUUCCUUCCAACUAGUAUAACUUCCUUCUGUAUUGGACUCAGUCUGAUGUCCCUUCUGAGACAUGUUUGGAGGAUGAAGCAGAAUACUUCUGAGUUCUGGAAUCCUCAGCUGAAGAGCCAUAUUAAAGCUUGCAGGACAAUGAUUCUACUUUUGACUGUAAACGUGAUAUUCUUUCUGGCUAUUUUUAUUUCUUCGCUGAAGCUCGAAUAUACCAGGCAAUACAUAUCCUGGUUUAUUAUGUUGUCAAUUCCCUCAGGCCAAGCCAUAAUUCUCUUGUUUGGGAACUCCAGGUUAGCGACUGUCUGGUCAAAGGUCUUGUGUUUUCAGAAAUUGGGUCAUAUGAAUGAUAUUGGUCCUACUUUAGAAUAAUUAUUAUGGUAUGCAAAAAAACAUUAGGACAAGAAAUAUCUCCUUCUCCAACUGUAGCUAAAUGAUCUCUUCCAGCAACAGAUUUAAGGAAACUUAACACGAUUUAUAUGUUUGCAUGUUAGUGGGAAAAUAGUAUAGAUAAAAGAAUAAUAAGAAAUAACAUAUACAGAGUUCAUAUCUCAUGGUUCGUUAGGGGCAUUAUUGAUCCGCCUAUGCAGUUUUUAUUUGUAAAGAUUUCUAUUGCUGGCUUCUACAGGCUACUAGUACAAUUUGUUAUCAUUUU